UUCGAUAGUGUGUUUGGGAAGACCACCGCGGCACCGUGUUCGUUAGCUUGCUGGGGUUAGGAUUAAAGAAAUAUUUCAAGUACUUUUCUUUUGUGUAUCGUUAUCUAGAACAUUAAAAACACUUAGAGGAACUUGAUUCAAAAUCUGAAGAAAACAGGCUUAGAAGAUUUUUCGCGAUUUAACGUUGUUCAAGCCAAACAUUUUUCUUUUCUGCAUUGCUGUCAUUUGAAAGCAGCCAUGCCGUGGGACUAUCAAGAAGAAAGUCCCCAGUAUAAUUACGUGGACAACGUUUUCCCUUACGCUUACCCGAGUUCUGGGAAUGUGACGUUCACAGGUCCUGACGGUCUCAGAGACUACAGACCCCACAUGAUAACCGAUCCUCACCAGGUGGGCGUGGGUGACCAGUCCACGGAGCAUAGCGGGGAUGUAGCUUACGUGUUUCGCCCCGCUCCUGGCACGCCCAUGCCCCGCCCUCGCAGCUGCAUCCCGGGCGAGAUUGGCUGGGGUAUUCCCACUUUGACUGACUGGGCCACGCCAAACACCGGUCAGCAAAUCAUGGGUACACAUGGAAUUAGUGAUAAGAACUGCAUGGGUUGUGUGGGGGCGAUCUUGGGUCAUCCUAUCAAUGAGAUUGCCGAUUCUAUCCAACGGCUACAGUCCCCUUGA